UGACCUGCUCACCGAGAAUGGCACUGAAGUUCGCAGCUAACUUGAAUUUCCUCUUCACCGAGAAGGCGUCCACUAUAGCGGAACGCAUUAGGCUGGCCCACCAGAGCGGAUUUCGGGCUGUGGAGAUUCCCUACCCCGAGGGUGAGACCCGGGAUGUUGUGUCGGCGAUCCGGGAGACCGGCGUUGUGGUCAGCCUGGUCAAUCUGGCCUUCGAUAAGAGCAACGAUCAGCUGCGGUUUGGCUCGACGAGCGUUCCCGGGGCGGAGGGCCUGUUCCAGAAGCAGCUGGACGCGACAAUCGACUUUGCCAAGGAUGUGAACUGCCAAAAGAUCCACCUGACUGCUGGACUGCUCACCAAGGGCCAGGAGACCGACUACACAAAGACCUACACAUCGAACCUGAAGAUCGCGGCUGAUAGCCUCAGGGCGAAUCAGAUGAUCGGCGUGAUAGAGCCUAUUAACAAGUAUGCUGUGCCUGGCUAUUUCAUGAACUCGUAUGUGACGGCAUCGGGCGUGCUCACCGAGGUGGGGGCUGACAACAUCAAGCUGCUCGCCGACCUCUAUCACCUCCAGCACAUCCACGGCAAUGUCACAAAGACGCUGGAGGAGUACAAGAGUCAAAUUGGGCACUUCCAGAUUGCCCAGGUACCCCAUCGACACGAACCGGACACUGCCGGCGAACUCGACUACGACUACGUUUUCAAGCGGCUGCGGGAAUUUGGCUACGAUGGCUGGAUUGGCUGUGAAUACAAGCCGAGGACAACGACGGUCGAGGGCCUCAGUUGGGUUACCAAACUCGGUCAUAGCCUUUGAGUUUGAAUUGUAUUCUGGCAUUUAAAUACAUUUUUUAUACAUAUACACAUAUAAAA